AUGGGUCUCUUCGACAAGUUACGGCGAAGUUCCAGGCGCAGCGCGGGGGUUGCGACCGACCCUCCCUCGCCCCGCGUCAACGUCCCCGGCCGAGACUGUACCAAACGCCUGCCGAGGCCGGUGUUGGCCCGCAUCUUCUCUUUCGUUUGCCCCCACGCCGGUGACAACUCAUAUGGCACCUCGGAGGAAUCAGCCAGCGAUGGCUGCAUGCUGUGCGACAUGCGCGAUCUCGCUCACUGCGCCCUCGUGUGCAAGCGGUGGUUCUUGGAUGCGCGCGCUCUACUCUACACGAAUGUCCGCAUCGACCCGGUCCAUUACUGCGAGUUGGAAAUCGAAUUAGCCGCCAAGCGGAAACGCCGCUCGUUCUUCGAUCGCAAUGGCGACCCAAUCGAUGCCCCUCAGGUGCGGCUGGAGAUGUUCAUGCGCGUCGUGCGAGAGUCCCAGGGGCUAGCGAAUAUGGUCCUCUCACUCCGAAUGCCCUAUAUGACCCGCGAAGCCAACAAAGCCAACAUCGCCCGCACGAUCUCCGUCCUCCCGAAUCUCCGCUUCGUCGAUCUGCCGGUCGGAUUGUACAGUGACGAGGCCUCGUGUCUCGCUUUGAAACAGGAGCUGAUGGCCCGGUGUCCCGAGCUGCGUCGCAUGAGCUAUCGCCGCGGCGCUGAGGGCAGUUUCUCGCGUCUUCCGGGCUCCCAGCUCUGGAUGAAUCUGGAGGUCCUGGAGCUUUCGGGCACGCAAAUGGAGCCGGGCACGCUCCGCGCUGGACUCGCUGCCUUCCCCCAUUUGAGGGAACUCACAUUGGAAGAUAUGGAUUGGUUGGAUGAUUCGGCCUUUGCGGUCAAUCUCCCUUUGCCUCAGUUCCCUGCGGUGCAGUCGUUGACGCUACGCGAUACCCCGAAUGUCACGGCGAGCGGGCUUGCCGCCAUUCUCUCCGUUCCAGCCAAUAAAGCCGCCUUGGAAUCUUUAACAUUGUCUUCGACCGGUAUCGUCCCAUCGCUGCUGCAUCAUAUUCUCGCCGCGGCCCCGCGGCUCCAGAACCUGUCCAUUAUUCAGGAGGUGUCGCGCUCGUUCCCCAUGGAGCAAAUCCCUCCCCUGGCGUCCAAGUCCCUGACGCUCCUGCACUACGAGCUGACGUCCGAAACCGACAAUAAUGGCAUGCCACCGGUAGUGGCCUCGUAUUAUCAAUAUCUUAUUUCCUCCCUGAUGGCCCGCACCCUCCCCGCCCUGCGCGAUCUCUACGUCCGGGACGCCCAAUUCCCCGACACGCUCCUGCUGAUGCCUCCGCCUCGACUCUUCGGCGGCGGUGAGAGCGGUCCCCGGAGCAUGGGCGGUCUGGCUCAACCCUUGAACGUGUACAGCAAGGGUCUGGACGAGCUGGAGUGGAACUUCACCCCCUACGAUCCUAGCCCGGUGACUGGACGCCGUGACUCUCGUACCCGGCCUGUGAGUUUCCACGAGGCCCAGCUCAGCCGGUCCUGGGGUGGUGAUGCGCGCAAGAGCGUGCUCGUCGGCAAUGGGUUCGGUGGCUUCCUGGCUGUUCCGGCGGAGGAGGAACGGCCCAAGAGUAGCCAGGGCCAUCAUAAGCGAUUGAGCAAAGGGGAUCUGUGGCGAUGA